AUGAAACAAUCACCAAUUCAUGAUGAAGCCUUUACAACAACUAAUCCAUGUAUAGAAUCGACUAAUCCAACAGAAGCAUCAUCAACACAUAUGGAAGAUGAAGAUUCUCUAUCGAGCCAUUCCUCUUACACAAUAAUGGAACAAGAAAGUGGUAUCAUUGACCCAACAUCCAAUCAAUCUUCAAUUAUUAUUGGUGGACAACCUAAUUCAGGUGCAAGUGAAGAAGAAUUACUUGCCAUGAUAAGUGAUGAUACAAUUUCUUCUUCCAGUGUUGCAAGUAGUGGAGGUGGCACAAUUUUCAUUCCAGCUGAUAUUUAUGAUGAUGAUUCUGAUGGUGAAAUAAUUGUGGCAAGCGAAGCUACUUUUAUACCAGUUGUGAAUCCAUCAACUGGUCAUUUGAAUAAUUCUCUUCUUUCUGGAGUACAUUUUCCAAACCAAAACUUGUAUUUCACUUCUAAAAAUGGUACAACCUUUAGGUUUAUUCCGUUUUUAGAAUUAGUUCAAGAGUUAAAUAAUGAUAAUACUUGGUCUAAUGUACAAUUUACAACAGAGAAUCCACAAAACAAUUUUGAAAAGAAUAAUUCUUCAAGUAGUACAACUACUACCAACACUUCUACCAGUAAUAGUGAUAUUGCUACUCGAUGUGCUAGUAGUUCUUCUACAAAUCAAGAUAAUAUUGUUGUUUCUGAUCAAACAACAGCCAUAACGACUACCCAAACUGGUUCAAAUUCUACAUCAAACAAGAGAAAGAGAGAUGAAGAAGUUGAAUGUGAAAAGAAGGUGAAAAUGUCUUCUCUUGAACUUGUAGACUUACCAGUCCAUAUCAAACUGAAAAUCCUAGGUUACUUACACGUUCCAUUUAUGGAAUGUUAUAGCAAUUAUCAAACUUACGAACUCAAUAUUUCUCGUAUUUUUGGUAAAUUUAAAAACGAUCCUUUUUCCACAAUUUAUUUAAUGUACACAAGCUUGGGCAUGAAGUUGAAACAACAACAUGGUGGUGUUUUACCAAUUGCUAAGCGUACUAAAGAUUUGAGAAUUCUUGUUGACCCAAAGAUUGCCAAUCUUGAUUUUAUUAGUGGGUUUACAUAUUUGCAAAAGUUGAGCAUUUGGCUGACAGAUUCUAAUUUGAUGAAUUUGUUCCAAAAGCAAGCUGUUUUAUUCCCUAAAAUAGUUUACUUGAGUUUGGUGUUAUUUAAUGAUUUGUCUGAUACACAUUACAGUGAGACAUUCCUUAAAAUGCCAAAUUUGAGAACUUUGCAGAUUUUCUCUGAUUUGGAGAGAUGCUCCAUCAAGGCAAAGGUUAACUUGCCACCACGUUUGACAACUUUAAGAUUAUUGAAUUAUGAGUUUAUUGAUUUUUCAUUCCUCUGUCAUAAUACUCAAAUUACUUCAUUGACAGUUGUUGAUUCCUGUAACUUGUCUAAUAUUGACAAGAUAUCUUCCUUAACACAACUAAAGAGAUUAAAGAUCAAUGAAGAAGAAACAAUGGAUGGAAGAAACUUGGAUUUGAACGCAAUUUUCCAAUUGGAAACAUUAGAACGAUUGUCAAUUCCUUUGGUUUCAUUCAAAUAUCGUUUGAAUGGGUUGACGAAAUUGCACUCUUUACGUAUUCAUAUUGGUGACGAUUUAAAUCUCACUCAAAUUGAGAAAUAUGCUAAUUACAUUUUAGAAUGUAAGAGCUUGAAGAUAUUCAAAUUUGAAAUGUCUGAAGAUUGUCCAGCUCAAAUUCAAAACAAAUUCUUAGACGUUUUAUCAAAGCAUUCAUCUAUCGAAUAUUUAAAGACAAGUUCACUCAUUACUUCAAGCCAAGUAAUCAAAUACAUAUUCCAGAAUAAUAGAUUCCCUGCUCUUAAAGAGAUUGAUUUUUCAAAUGCUGAAGAUUUAACCAUUGAACCUUUCAAACUCUUAAUAGAUACCCAAUUGUUUAAGAAACAAUUUAAUCGAGUAAUAUUACCAAUGAAUUUUAACUCUUCAAUUGAAGAAUGUUUUGGAGCAUUGCUUCCAAACACCAAAUUCAGUGAAGAUUUCAAAGACAGUUACGAAUAUUUUGAUGUUUGUGACUUUGACGAUGAUGACUCUGAUGAUGAAGAUACACGUUCCAUAAUUUCUGAACUAAUGUCAAAUGCUGAUGGAGCAAGUUAUUAUGAUGACGAUUCUGAUUCUGAGGACGAUCAACUUUUGGAACAUUUAAUCGGCCACUAA